AGGGUGAGCUGGGAGGAUGAGCUGGGAGGGUGAGCUCCCUGGGAGGCAGGGAGAUGGAUAACCUUGUGACCUUGUGUGAGUCUGAGAUGCUUCAGAUCAGGCUCUGAGGGCAGGUGGGUCCCUGAAACUGGCUGCGUUCAUCUUAGGGAGCAAGUGCGUGUGAUGUCAUCUCAGGAAUGCAGUGAGGCUCAGCUGUGCUGCCGAAGGACCUGUGAGGCGUCACAACACUGGCCGCCAUAAUUGGAGGCCCCGAGGAUGGGCAGGGAGGGGCCCUGAGACCAGGCCGGCAGGAAGCAAAGGGCAGAGGCGGCUUGGGCUGGCCCAGAGGAGGUGCUGCUCUCUCUUCCCAGCUUCUCCACUGUCCCCCGCUGCUCCACCUCCACAUCUCUGGACUUGGCCCUUGUCCCGCUGCCAUCAGAGGGGCCCCGCUGCCAUGACGGACACGCCAGUCGAGGAAUCCCUCUUCCAAAUCAUCCACAGCUACCACCAGUACGCGGCCCGGGAGGGGGACGUGGAGACCCUGUCCCUGGAGGAGCUGAAGGCCCUGCUCAUGGACAACGUGCCCCGCUUCAUGGAGAGCCUGGGCCGGAAGAAGCCGUACUUCGUCACCGAGCUGUUCCGGGCGGCGGACAAGGACAAGGACAACCAGAUCUGCUUUGACGAGUUCCUGUACGUCCUGGGCCGGCUGCUGAGGGACUACCACCUGCGGUACCACCGGCAGCGGUGCGCCCACUACUGCGCCCAGCACAGCCUCUACUAGGGGAGCAGGGCACCCCCAGGCCUGCCCGGGGAGCCACGCGGCCCAGCCGGGGCGGCCGAGCGGAGCUCUGCCACGCGUGUCUGUGUGCCCAAUGUGUGUGCACGCAUGUGCAUGGGUGUGUAAGGACACCUGGGAGGGAAGAGAAUAAAGCAACUUCACAGCA